AUGUUUCGAAUCACAAACCCGUUGCCUCCUAUCUUCCAGCACUUCCUUCGGGGAGACCUUGAGCUUGCCAUUUCUCCAGUUCUUCCGGCAACUCUCCGAAGCAACACCUUUGCCUUUCAUGGGACACUGCCUGUUCCAUCCCACAUUCAACCGCUUCUCCGGGGGCCAGAGCCUGGUCCCUUAGCACUUCUUCCAGCGUCCUCAUCUGGUGAUGUAAGUGUUGCCGAGAAUGCCCAUGCUAUCGUUGCUGCCGGGAAUACUACUGCAGAACAUCCAUCCGACGCAUCUUGGUUGGAGUGGGAGGAAUCCUUUGUUGCAUUCUUGGCCUUCUUGGUCGAGCCCCCAAUCCCGUCAUAA